AUGGAAACAGGUGUCUCCCAAACAACAUUUAUUUUGGUUGGUGUCAAGAACUUGAAGAGGCUACCACAUUCCACUCUGUUCCUGGACAACCUGAAGACUAAGGUGACGGAUGAGCUCCUCUUCGAACUGUUCCACCAGCCCUGGCCAGUAAUAAAGGUGAAAUUCCCCAAAGAUAAAGAUGGCAAACUGAAACAGUUUGCAUUUAUGAAUUUCAAGCAUGAAAUGUCUGUUCCAUAUGCCAUGAAUCUUCUCAAUGGAAUCAAACUUUUCGGGAGGCUUAUCAAAACUCAGUUUAGAUCAGAAAGUAGUCAUGCUUCUCAGGACGCCAAUGUGUCCUAUCUUCAGCAUCGUGUUGGAAAUUUAAACCCUACCUCCACAUCUCCUAACAGCUAUGAAAGGGCGGUGGGUAACAUGACUCCAUCAGCACAGAUGGUCCAGCAGUCCGUCUCUUCUUCAGAAGAUUGUCAGCAGCAGGCAGUGAUGAACAAUGUUUUCAGACAGAUGUCAUAUGGUGGGAAAUUUGGUUUUCUUCAUGCAGAUCAGUUUUCUCCAUCAGUCCAAUCACACGGUCAUACCUUUAACCAGUCUUUCAGCUCCCAGUGGCACCAAGGUGCAUUGUCAUUACAUAAGAAUGCCUCCAUUCGCCAUGCAUUGAGGAAGAACGAUGUUAACACAUAG